AUGGCGCCAACUUCAGUUGGGUUCUGGGGUGUUCCAACAUCAACCCUGGAUUGGUGUGAGGAAAAUUACGUCGUCACUAGUUACAUCGCCGAAUUCUGGAAUACUGUUAGCAACUUGGCAUUUAUAAUUCCACCAUUCCUUGGCAUGAUACAGGCAAUUCAAGAUAAAUUAGAAAUUCGCUUUAUUAUUGCCUACUUUUCCUUACUUGGGAGUAUAAUGUCUCUAUGCGACAGCAGUACCAACUUUACAUUAGGCGUCAUGGUGCCAUUGGGAUGUGACUCAGUAUACUCGCCAGCUCUGCCACAAAUUGCUGCCGAAUUGGCUAUUGAAAACAUUAAUGCAGAUACAAAUCUUUUGGAUGGAUUCCAUCUGGACUACGAGUUGCGUAAUUCGAACUGUUCUGCAACAGACGAACUAGUAGAUUUAGUUAAGUUGCUAACUGAAAUUGCGGUAGAUGCAAUAGUAGGCCCGAUCGAGCAGUCCGUGUGCGAACCUGUGGCACGACUAGCUAGUCGCUGGACUUUGCCGGUUGUAUCAUGGAUGUGCACUGACGAUGUUCUCUCGGACUCUAGUACAUACAAGACAUUCUCACGCACAGUGACUUCAAACAGCAGAACAUAUAAUGCUCUUUCUGCAACACUGUUGCAUUUUCAAUGGAAAUACUCUGUAAUGAUAUCUAUCGCGGGAACAUACUGGCUAGACUUGGCCAAAGACAUUGUUUUCAGUUUGCAAGCAAACGACCUAAUUGUCACGGAAUUUCUCAUUCUUGACAGCGAAGCCUCACAGGAUGACAUCAUAUCAUCACUAAAUACAGUCUCUUCAGUUGUAAAAGCAAUCAUCAUGUGUAUUCCUUCGAGGUCAAUGGACAGUGCAGAUCAAGAGAACGUCAUGUUAGCUGCUAAAGAACUUGGCAUGACAGAUGGAUUGUAUGCAUUUUUCUCUAUCGACACACUCUCCAGUGCUCCGACGGACGGCGAUUAUUGGUUCGAAGAAAGAGACGACUCUGAUACACUGCGCGAAGCGUACGAGGCGUUGUUUAUUUUAACCGUUCAGCCAGUCAGCACCCUGUCCUACAACCUAGUGUUACAGCAGUAUUUGGAGCGAAUCGAUUCAUCGCCUUUCAAAGAAACUCUGCAAGGUUACAAGGUAUCCACCCAGUUUGGACAAGUUUACGAUGCAAUUUACGUUCUUGCCUAUGCAAUAAAUAGAACAUUAACAGCACAUGGCAAUCUGGAGACAAUCAACGGUUUGGAAAUUUCGAAUUUCAUGAAAAAUCUGAAUUUUGAAGGUUUGUCUGGUAACGUCAAUCUGGACGAAAAUGGCGAUAGAACAAUGUGCUACAUUCUUCUCGACUACGAUAAAGAACAUGGUGCGUUCCAGGAAGUAUUGAGAGUCAACUACUCCUCCGAUGACGUCUAUCAGGUCACAGCUGUCAGUGGCGUUAGUAUCAACUGGCCUAAUGAUGUGGUGUUGUCGCCUGACGCUGACUGCAUGUUCAUAUUCGAAGGAUGUGACACCGAUGAUGUUGGUUCUAUUUACAUCAUCGCUAUCGGUGUAUCCGCUGUAUUAUUCGCGUGUUUAUCAAUAGGAUUCUACCACGUUGUAAGGCGAUGGUCUUUAAAACACGAAAUGGUAAAAGGACCGAACAAAAUAUUAUUGUCCCUAGGCGAUCUCCAGUUCGAAUCUCCUAAUAAGAUUUUGUCUGGAAGCCGAAAGUUGCUAGAUCCCGAUAAAGAAUCUAAACUGAACGGAAGUAAAGCGCUCAGUCCAUCACCUGCACCGACGUCACAUGUAUCACCAGAACCGCGCAUGUCUAGAAGUAGUAACAUUUGUAUCGACAUGAGUGACCUCGCCCGGUACAAUGGAGAGUUUGUACGAGUAAAGAAAUUAACAAGCAAAUAUUUCGAUAUCAAGAACUCCACGAUACGUAUCUUAAGACAGAUUCGGGAUCUUCGGCAUGAAAACAUCAACCCAUUCCAAGGCUGCUACAAAGAACCUCAGAAUACUGCAUUGGUGACAGAAUAUUGCAAUAAAGGGAGUCUCGAAGAUGUCAUCAACAGUGAAAAUAUCAAAUUAGACUGGAUGUUCAAAUCGUCAUUAUUGUUAGAUUUAGUCUCAGGGAUGAAAUACCUUCAUAACAGUCCAAUAAAGCUACACGGGCGUCUGAAUUCUCGUAAUUGUGUGAUUGAUAGUCGAUGGGUUUUAAAAAUAACGGACUAUGAUUUACCUGCACUCAUUGAAACACAGACUAACUACCCAGAGGAACAACAACGUACACCGGAAGAUCUAUUAUGGUCUGCUCCUGAAAUGUUACGAGACCCUGUUUUAAGAAAAAAAGGGACACCAAAGGCUGAUGUAUAUAGUUUCGCUAUAAUUGUAUCUGAGCUACUAACUAGGGAUCCGCCAUUUGCUAUGUUAAGUUUGACGCCAAAAGAAAUCAUUGCUAAAGUAAAAAAACCACCACCGUUAUGUCGCCCGUCCGUAUCACAGAACGAUGCCCCGCGGGAAGUCAUUGAGAUUAUGAAACAGUGCUGGGCGGAGUCACCUGACAUGAGACCAGACUUUAACAUGAUUUAUCAGCUUUUCAAGAAACUGAAUCAAGGAAGGAAAACUAAUAUUGUGGACUCCAUGUUCAAAAUGUUGGAGAAAUACUCCAAUCACCUUGAAGAUCUUAUACGAGAUAGAACAAAAGAAUUAGCAGAAGAGAAGAAGAAGACUGACAAGCUAUUGUAUAGAAUGAUGCCAGCAACCGUGGCGGAGAGUCUGAAGCUAGGGCGACCGAUAGAAGCCGAAACAUUCUCAGAAGUGACGAUAUUUUUCUCGGACAUAGUCGGAUUCACGUCGAUCUCGGCGAUGAGUACGCCCUUGCAAGUGGUGGACUUUCUAAACGAUUUGUACACUAUGUUUGACGAUAUAUUAAGCAACUAUGAUUGUUAUAAGGUAGAAACUAUCGGUGACGCAUAUAUGGUAGUUAGCGGGCUCCCGAUACGCAAUGGAAACAGGCACGCUGGUGAGAUAUCUACCUUGGCCUUGGACUUACUGCACGCUGCUGGCUUCAAAUUCAAAAUCAGACACAUGCCGGAAAAACCUUUGAAACUUAGAAUUGGACUUCACACGGGUCCCUGUGUGGCAGGAGUGGUGGGGUUAACAAUGCCGAGGUACUGCCUGUUUGGUGACACGGUAAACACAGCCUCACGAAUGGAAUCAACUGGGCAAGCUUGCCGGAUACACAUCAGUGAAUCUGUAUCGAAAAAAUUAGAUGAACUUGGGGCGUAUUACACUGAGCCCCGAGGUGAAGUUGUGUUAAAGGGUAAAGGUGUAGCGAGUACACAUUGGUUGGUGGGUAAACAGGGAUUUGAAAAACCUUUGCCGGAAUACCGGCUAUAUCAAGACGAUAACACAAGUAUACCAGUGCCGUCACUGCCAUCAACGUCAACAAGUCAUGGUACCUCUCAGGUAAGCAUACGAAGCAGCGUGACUAUAGAGGGCGAAACACGAGAAGAAACGAGCUCCAGACCAAGUGAACUUGUCUCAACGUCGACUCUAUUAGUACCAUCGGCGACAAAAGCAAAGACGCGUAAACGAUCUGUGGUCUCCAGCUUCGCGAACAUGAUGACUAGAACUUUUGGAAUGGCAGCUGCACAAAUUAUGCGAUCCAAUUCACCCAAGCAUAGAAAUUCCACGUCGUGUGCUCCCAUGGCUGCUGUGCCAGUCUCCGAUGGAUUAAUGGAAUCGAACCAGAAUUCAGAAAUCGUGCAAUCUGUCACUGUGAGUGGUUCGAAAAAGAAAAGGUCGCUAGAAAACAAAAUAACACCUAGCAGGUCUCAAUCUAUGACGGUUAACAACAUAUCAUGUAUUAGUGAGCAACCCACGAAAGUAAGCUGUGUAUCCCCUGACAUUGGGCCCAAAAUAUUAUCAGGCAACAUAUCAUCCGAUAGUAGCAGUGAGCCUCCAUCGGCCGAGAGAAUACCUUCACCUGACAGAUCGCCACCAACGAUUGUGCGCAUAGUUCAAGACUAUGGUUCUAAUUCGAGUUCGGAGACACACGUUUUACCAUGUGAUGCAAUGCUAGGAACUGUAGAAAUGAGUCAAGCCAUUACCAAACCAAACGGUCUACACAGUCUUCAAGUUGACAACCCACCACUGGCGUUGGCAUCGGCGAAAAAACAGAGCAACGACAGCGGAGCUUAUUUCGAUAGUCCUCCUCCGUCGCCAUUGGAAUCAACUGAAGUGGAGGAAGAACCCAUCGCAGAAGAGAGAAAACAUUCAGAAAUUAUUAACUUAUUGGACAAACACGAUCUUGAGAAAGGUGUCAUACUGUCACCAAAAGUGAAGAUGCGAAAGAUUAAUUUCGCCCAAGAACGUCUUCACGGAAAAGACGUUGACAGUUCACUAAAACACCCACGAGGGGAGCAGGGAUCUCAGAGAAUGAACAAUGACAACAAACCAACGCACACACAGAGCAAGCCCACGGUUUCGAGCAAUAUCUCCUCAUUCGGUGUGAACAAAAAACGAGAACACUGUAACGCUUCUAUUGCCGAGAAAGGACGGCGGAAACCACGCACACAAAAAGUGUACGGACAUAGAGUAAUUCCCCUUGAGAAAAGAAAACGAGCACUUAAAUCUUGA